GGCAGGCUGCGGGAAGGGCGCACCGCGGGGCCAGGGCGCGCAGUCCCGGGACGCGCGAUGCUCGGCGGCGCGCUGCCUCCAAGCCCUUGACACUCCCCCGCUCCCCGCCCGAUCCACUUCGCCUCUUCGCCAGGCCCGGACCCGCCGCACCCCGAGUCCAGGAGUUUUGGGGCAAAGAAAAACACCAUUUGGAUGUGAAAAAGGACAUGAGGAGACUAAAGACUUGGGAUUUUGCUGAUCAGAAUGAAACCAAUCUUGAAGGACUUUUCAAAUCUGUUAUUGGUGGUACUCUGUGACUACGUCCUUGGAGAAGCUGAAUAUAUCCUCUUGGGAGAACCCAGCCAUGUAGCGCUAAGCAACAACACAGUAUCAGUGGAUUUCCAGUACUUUGAUGGUGCUAAUGGCACACUGAGGAAUGUGUCUGUUUUGCUAUUAGAGGCCAACACCAACCAGACUCUAACCACCAAGUACCUCCUAACCAACCAAUCUCAGGGAACACUUGAGUUUGAAUGCUUCUACUUUAAGGAAGCUGGGGACUACUGGUUCAUGAUGACUCCAGACACAUCAGCCAACAGCACUUCAGUACCCUGGUGGGAGAAAAGUGCCUUUCUAAAGGUGGAGUGGCCUGUCUUUCACAUAGAGUUGAACAGAACAUCCAAAUCAGCAGAAGGCACCUUCCAAGUGGGCUUGUUUACCAGUCAACCUCUGUGCCCAUUUCCUGUGGACAAGCCUGACAUGAUAGUGGAUGUCAUCUUUACCAACAGCCUUCCUCAGGCAAGAACCAGUCCUGGGCAACCCCUGGAGAUCAGAACCAGCAAAAGGACAGAGCUCACCCAAGGACAGUGGGUAGAGUUUGGCUGUGCACCUGUGGGGCCAGAAGCCUAUGUUACGGUGAUGCUGAAGCUGUUUGGCCAAGACUCAGUCCUUGCCUCCAUAGGACCCAUUGACUUGGCCCAGAAAUUUGGAUACAAACUUGUGAUGGUGCCAGAACUCACAUGUGAGUCCAAGGUGGAGGUGACGGUGGUGCCCCCACCAUGCAUCUUCGUCCAAGGAGUGGUUACUGUUUUCAAGGAGGCCCCCCGCCGGCCUGGAGAGAGGACCAUUCAGCUGGCUGAAAACAGCCUGCCCCUGGGAGAGAGGAGGACAGUGUUCAACUGCACUUUGUUUGACAUGGGGAAGAAUAAAUACUGCUUUCAUUUUGGUGUUUCAAGGAGAAGCCGUUUCUCUGCCAAAGAGAAGGAGUGCAUGCUAAUUCAGAGAAAUAUAGAGACGUGGGGAGUAUGGCAGCCUUGGAGUCAGUGUAGCACCACAUGUGGAGAUGGUGUCCGAGAGCGUCGGCGCGUGUGUCUCACUUCCUUCCCCUCCUCCAGACCGGGCUGCCCAGGAAAGUCCUCGGAGAUCUCCCCAUGCUCUCUGGAGGAGUGUGCUGCUCUCCGGCCAUCUAGUCCAUCUUCUCUUCCACCCCAGGAUCCAGUGAAGUCCAACAACAUAGUGACAGUGACUGGGAUAUCCCUGUGCCUGUUCAUCAUCCUGGCCACGGUGCUCAUCACACUUUGGAGGAGAUUUGGCCAGUCUCCCAAGUGCAGCACCCCUGUUCGACACAACUCCAUCCAUUCCCCUGGCUUCCGGAAGAACUCAGAUGAGGAGAACAUCUGCGAGCUGAGCGAGCAGCGGGGGAGCUUUUCAGAUGGGGGUGAUGGGCCUGGGGGAAGCCCAGGAGACUUGGGUAUACCUCUGACCUACAGGUGCAGUGGACAGGGGUCUCCUGAGGACGAUGCUUCCGGCAGCGAGAGCUUCCAGUCCAAUGCCCAGAAGAUCAUCCCCCCUCUCUUUAGCUAUCGCCUGGCCCAGCAGCAAUUGAAGGAGAUGAAGAAGAAAGGUCUGACAGAAACCACCAAAGUGUAUCAUGUGUCACAGAGUCCCCUCACAGACACUGCCAUUGAUGCUGCCACCAGCCCCCCAUUAGCCUUAGAAAGUCCUGAAGAAGCAGCAGCAGCAGCAGCAGCAGCAGCAACAAACAAGUUCAGGAUCAAAUCUCCGUUUCUGGAUCCGCCUGGGGUGAGUGCUGGGGAAAGACCUCCCUCCAGGCUGGAUUUCAGCAUGUCCGCGGCCAGCUGUGCCAUUAGCCCCAGCCAGACCCUGAUCCGCAAGUCCCACAUGAGACAUACUGGGGGCAGAGGGGCCUCCUCUGACAGGAGCCACCCUAGGAAUUCCCACUUCCGGAGGACAGCUAGUUUUCAUGAAACCAAGCAGGCCCGGCCAUUCCGGGAGAGGAGUAUGUCCACUUUGACUCCACGACAGGUUCCUGGCUACAGCUCCAGGACAAGAACCUGGGACCAGGCUGAGGACAGGGCUAGGCCAUCAAGUCGAGGCACUCAUCUGCUUCCUGAGAAAGUGGAGCAUUUCCAAGGCACAAGUGGGACCCGUGGUCUACUAAACCCAACUUCUAAACCCUACACUGUGGGGCAGCCCCUGAGGAAACCAGAUCCCGGGGAUCACCAGGCAGGAUUAGUGAUGGGAGUUGAGAGAAUAGAGCCUCACAGAGCUCGAAGGGGACCAUCCCCCAGUCACAGGAGUGUCUCAAGGAAGCAGUCCUCCCCCACCUCCCCCCAAGAUCUCUACCAGAGGGUCAGUCCACUGAGCCCUUCUCAGUGCAGGAAAGACAGGUGUCAAAGUUUCCCAGCCCAGCCAGAGUUCGCCUUCUAUGACAACACAUCAUUUGGCCUCACUGAGGCUGAGCAGAGGAUGCUGGACCUUCCAGGGUAUUUCGGGUCAAAUGAAGAGGAUGAAACCACAAGUACACUUAGUGUGGAGAAGCUGGUCAUCUAGAGCAAGAAUCUGCCUGUGUCUUCCCACACUUUUGCUCACAUCAAGACAUGGAUUACUCCCGUUGUCCUAUGACCCCUUUUAUAGAACUGCUCACCCAGUAGAAUGGUGUGUUAGGGAGGCAGUAGCGAGCAUGUGUUUUGAUACAUGAGGAAGAAGUUAUUUCUGCUAAGCAUCUCCUUUUGUUAUCUUGUUGUUCUUGGCUUAUUACUCAUGGAUGUAAUAAAAUCUAAGCAAAAGCAGAUAGGGCUUGGCCUGUCACGUCCCUAUGAAAGAUGACAAGACAUGACCUAUGAGGGUGAUGUACAUUAAACACCACACUGGCAGUUUCCAACUUGAAAUAGAAAUCUGGAAAUCCCAGGACUGGAGUAAAGAUAACUUGGUAGCACAAUGAUGA